UCGCUCACCAUAAACAGAGAAGAAAAAGGGAGAGAAAAAUAAAAAGAAAAAGAAAACUCCAAACAGAAAGCAGCGAAAUGAAUAAUGGUGGCGCAUUUUAAGCGCUGAAAUCGAGCCAAUGCUUUUCCUUGCAGCAUUAAUGCACCUCUUUCCCUCUAGUUCUGACUCUCUCUACUCGUUGCUCUUUUUCGUUCGUUUUCUCUCUCUCUCUAAGCUUGACUUUGUCAGUUUCUCUAUUGCACUGUGUAGUGUGUAUUAUUAUAUGUUGGGUAAGUAACUAUUGGCGGUGUUAGUAGUGGUGGUGCUGUUGGUGGAGGAGGAGGUGGAACUAACGGAAUCACAUUGUAUACAAUCGAGAUGCGUCGACGAAGAAUCUCGGUUUCAAGUACUUGAUGAUAAAAUUAGAUUGAUUGCAUUCUGGAAUAGCUCCGCAAUUUCUAACAGUUGGUCUUAAAAUCUACAUGAUUUGAGCACCAUGUCCUCACUGCUUUUGAUUGUGAUAUCCCCGAUACAUUAUGAAGAGUUCAAGGAAAUGGGCAGUGGAGCUUUUACAUGGAAAUGAAGGAGAGGCAGCGUUGGAGAGCUGAAGAGGACGCCUUGUUACGUGCAUAUGUUAAGCAAUAUGGUCCAAGGGAGUGGAACCUUGUAUCACAGCGCAUGAACACACCCCUAAACAGGGAUGCCAAAUCCUGCUUAGAAAGGUGGAAGAACUACCUCAAGCCUGGUAUAAAGAAAGGAUCACUUACUGAAGAAGAGCAGCGUCUUGUUAUCCGACUUCAGGCUAAACACGGUAACAAAUGGAAGAAAAUUGCAGCUGAAGUUCCAGGAAGAACUGCUAAGAGACUUGGAAAGUGGUGGGAAGUGUUCAAGGAGAAGCAGCAGAGAGAGCAAAAGGAAAAUAACAAGACAAUAGAACCAAUUGACGAGGGCAAGUACGAUAGGAUUCUGGAGACUUUUGCAGAGAAGCUAGUGAAAGAGCGCCCUGCUCCAGCAUUUGUCAUGGCCACUUCCAAUGGGGGCUUUUUACAUACUGAUCCCCCUACUCCUGCACCAACUAUGCUUCCCCCAUGGCUUUCUACUUCCAACAGCACUUCUGCUGUUAGGCCACCCUCUCCUUCUGUAACCCUAAGCCUCUCACCAUCAACAGUUGCAGCUCCUCCUCCUCCAAUUCCCUGGCUGCAGCCUGAAAGAGGACCAGAUAAUACUUCUUUUGUUUUGGGCAGUCUGCCACCUCAUGGAUCAGUGUCCACAUGUGAGAAUAUGAUGAUAUCUGAAUUGGCAGAGUGUUGCAGAGAGUUGGAAGAAGGGCAUCGUGCUUGGGCAGCACACAAGAAGGAAGCUGCCUGGAGGCUACGAAGGGUAGAGCUACAGCUGGAGUCAGAGAAGUCAUGCCGGAGGAGGGAGAAAAUGGAAGAGAUAGAGUCGAAGAUCAAGGCUCUUAGGGAAGAACAGAAGGCUUCUCUUGAUAGGAUCGAAGCAGAAUACAGGGAACAAUUAGCUGAAUUGAGAAGAGAUGCUGAAGCCAAGGAGCAGAAAUUGGCUGAGCAAUGGGCUACAAAGCAUUUGCGCCUUUCCAAGUUUCUUGAACAGGUGAUGUGCAGGCCUAGGCUUGCAGAGCCCAAUGGCCGGUGAGAAGUUAUGAUUAUCUGGCUGUAAGGAAUGGGGCUUCUAGAAAAAUUCUAUCUAUAGAUGUCUACUUAUAUUUGAUGUCUGUUUAUGGCAUGGACUGGGUGAAUGUAAGGUAAGAUUGGCUUAACAUUUACAUAUUGCAUUCUCUUUUGAAGAAAUAUAUCAUGAUUUUAUGCCAAAAA